AUGACACGAACAAUUUACGGUAAGGUGGGCGCUUGGAAGAGGGCGUGGAGGCGAGGUAGAGUCUUUUCUGUGAUGGUUCAAGAGAGGCACUUCGGAAUGAGCCAUGGCAUAGGCCGCAGCGGGGAUGUAGCAGCCACCCAGCCUAAGGCAGCAGGGUCAUCCUGCUUAAAACUAACUUAGCGGCUGGCUCGGCACGCCAUCCAAGUGGCUGGCAUCGAAGUUGAAAAAGUGUUGUUUUUGCCUCUUGCUACAGGCAUGGCCCUGCUGCUGACAUUUCCGUUGAGCAAGGAGCGGCCGGGUGCCAAGCACGUGGUCUGGAGCAGGAUCGACCAAAAAACUUGUCUCAAGGCGAUCAUAUCGGCCGGGCUCACUCCUGUGGUUGUAGAAGGACGGAUAGUCGGAGAUCAACUAGUUACUGACCUUGAAGCCAUUGAAAAGAAGGUGGCAGAGCUGGGGCAAGAAAACGUGCUGGCUAUCUUUUCGACGACAAGUUGCUUCGCCCCCAGAACGCCAGAUCUAGUCGGACUGGCUCGUGUCGCGGCUAAGCAUAAAGUCUUCCAUGUUAUAACAAUGCGCUACGGUCUGCAAUGCCCUCGGAUCAGCAAGCUCCUGACCAGGGCCCUGGCCGCCGGCGAGGUCACUGCUGUCGUCCAGAGCACUGACAAGAAUUUCAUGGUGCCAGUCGGCUCCUCUCUGCUUUUCUGCCAGGACAAGGCCUUUCUCAAGCGCAUCAGCGAGACCUACCCUGGCCGCGCCUCUGCGAAUGGGGUGGUCGACCUGUUCAUCACCCUGCUAGAGAUGGGGCCAGGACCGGCUGGCAGCGGAUCUUGCAGGAUCGGCUGGCUGUUGCUGAAAGCUGAGGUAAAGCUGUCAGGAUUUAUGGAAAAGCACGGAGAGCGGAUGCUUGAAACCCCAUAGAACACCAUUUCGAUGGCGGUCACGCUCAAACUUGCCGGGCAAACAACCCGGCUAGGAUCCCUGCUCUACAGUCGGCAAGUCAUGGGGCACCGCGUGAUCGGCUUCAAAUAG